AUGGCAGCAACUCGCGAUACAACAGGCUCUGUUGUACCAUCGAUAACUCCAAAUAAUAAUAAUAACAAUAAUAACCAUACAUCACAACAAGUGUCACGUAUCAACGGGACGGCAAUUGUAUCAAUUCCAACCGCAUCAGCGGAUGCGAUUGCUUCGUUUUCUUGGGGAAAUUAUUUGAAAACAACGAAAGCACACGGUGCUCCGGUUAGCUAUUUUCGUCAUGCACCACUGCAAGAAAUGUGGGGUCAGCUAACACCAGGAAUGAAAGUUGAAGUGAUUAAUACCGACUGUUCUUAUAAUUCGAAUGAUCCAAAGGAGAAAAUUUUCUGGUUUGCGUAUAUUGUUCGGCUAGAAGGCUAUUUAGCCCUGUUACGUUAUGAAGGCUGUGAUGAUGAUCCAUCAAUGGAUUUCUGGUGUAAUUUAUGUAACAAAGAUGUACAUUGUGUCGGCUGGUGUGGACAGCAUGGAGUGAAAUUAGCACCGCCAAGAAGUAUCGAAUAUCGACAAACGGAUUGGAAGUCGUUUCUUGUAAAUAAAUUAGUUGGUGCAAAAACAUUGCCGGACAGUUUUCGUCAAAAAAUUCAAUUCUCCCUUCGGUGUUCAUUUAAAAAGCAUACGCUUGUGGAACUGAUCGACAAAUUUCAAGUGUCGCGUAUGCGCGUUGGAAAAAUAUCCGAUAUCAUCGGUGGCCGUCUACGAAUCAAUUAUGAAAAUGGUGGCGGUGAACAUUUCUGGGUUCAUCAUACAUCGGAUUUGAUUCAUCCGGUCGGCUGGUGUCAUGUGACCGGACAUGAUUUGGAUGCAACUGAUGAUUAUAGAAGUGAAGCAGCACGAAUCAGCGAGACGAAAUCUUAUCCGACCAAUAUCGCAACACCGGAUCUCUUUCGUCAAGUACCCAUAAUCACAUCGGAAGACGAACAGUUCAAGGAAGGACAAAAACUAGAAGCGGUUGAUCCAUUAGAAAUGUCUCGUAUUUGUCCAGCGACUGUCGGAAAAGUAUUAAAGAACGGUUAUUUUAUGUUAUCAGUCGAUGGAUCGAGUACAGAGGAUGGUUCCGAUUGGUUUUGUUACCAUUCGAGUUCGCGUGUAAUCUUCCCCGUGAAUCACUGUAAAAUUAAUAAUAUUCCUUUGUCACCACCCCUUGGUUAUGAAGGUGAAUUCGAAUGGGAAAGAUAUCUUACUGAAACCAAGUCGGAUCCAGUUCCUCGAGAACUUUUCCAGAUUGUCAAAGAAAAAACGACGAAUCCAUUUUCUAUCGGAAUGAAAAUCGAAGCUGUCGACAUGAUGGCUCCACAUUUAGUAUGCGUAGCGACUGUGGCGAAUGUUGCUAGCAAUUUAAUUCGUGUGCGUUUCGAUGGAUGGAGUGCAGAUUUUGAGCAAUGGAUCGAUUGCCAAUCAACAAAUAUUUAUCCCGUUGGUUGGUGUGAAUUAAAUAAUUACUUACAUAAAAUAAGCGUUAGCUCCUAUCCUAUAAAUACACAAACACAAUGGCAUUACAAUCGGCGAGAUGCAUUUUCUUUUCUUCGAAAAACUAUACAUAUGAACUUUUUCAGAGCAACUGUAUAUAGUACUAAUACCGCGUGGUAA